GGCUGGAGGCUGGAGGAGGCUCUGGGUUGACCCUGGACGCGACCCUGGUUGGUUUUGCGGCUCCUGAGCUUCCCAGCGGUUAUGUGAAGGGCUGCAGGAGGGAUGGGAGCUGGGGACCCGCCAGCGGCAGCGGCGUCUGCAGCGGCCGCUCUAGGUGGAUGCCUCAGCUGCUGUCUCACCCUGGAGCUUCUCUCAGAAUUUGGGGCCUCUUCACCCUGGAACAUCCAUCCUUCCCAUGAGGCCUUCUCACCCUUGAACAUCUCUCUGCCAUGCUGACUCCCUUCUCCCAUUGGUCCAGUUAAUUGUCCAUUUGCAGUGCCUGUAUUUAUGGAUGGAUCUACUGAACGAGUUGUUCAAAAAAGUCAAAUAAGGUCAAGUCAACAAGCAUUUAUUAACCAUCUCCUAUGUGCCAGGGACUCUUUGAAUGAUAUUUGUUAUUUAAAUCUACUAUAUGAAUACAAGGAACUGUGAAUGUCCUAACUGAGAGAAGCAACAUUACCUGGAAGUUUGUUUGUAACCCUGAGAAACAAUGACAUUGACCUCUGUGGAGCAAAGGCAGCAUGGUGUCCACCAUGACUGAUGGAGACACAAGUAGACAAUGUGGACGAAUUUCUGCAAACCAUGGUUUUUCUGCUGUCUCCUGGCAGCAUUGACCAUUGUGCUGCUAGUUCUCAAUGUUAACCAGUUAGAGCACUUGGAUCAUGACAGCAUUGUAGCUACCGUCAUUGAUAGCAGUGGGCAGGAGAGUUCCCCUCAAGCAACAGGAGUUGGCAGAAAGCCAUACUGCGGCUAUGAACAUCAAACCUUGUCUAAGAGGGAGCGUUUGGAAGAGGACUCUUUGUUGGCAGCCUUGCAGAGCCAUGAGCCAUAUACGGAUUUGGUCCCGUUUGUGAAGAGCACUGACCCCUCCUCUAGCUAUUUUGUGAUAUUGAACUCUGGAGCAUUCUUCAAGGUGGGAAGCCAGCUUGAGGUGCUAGUUCAAGUACAGGAUUUCCAAGGGAGGCCCAAAAAGUAUGGUGGAGACUACUUACAGGCCAGAAUCCACUCACCCAAACUGCAGGCUGGUGCAGUGGGGAGAGUUGUAGACUACCAAAAUGGAUUCUACAAAGUUUUUUUUACUUUGCUUUGGCCAGGCAAGGUGACCGUGUCUAUAGUUCUGGUUCACCCUAGUGAAGCAGUCCAAGUCCUUCAGCAUCUACAGGAGGUGAGGCCAGAUAGGGUCUAUUUUAAAAGUCUCUUCCGGUCAGGGAGGAUUUCAGAGACCACCAUAUGCAAUGUAUGUCUACCAGGAAACCUUCCUGUGUGUAACUUCACAGAUCUCUACACUGGGGAGCCCUGGUUUUGUUUCCAACCGAAAAAGCUCCCUUGUAGCAGCAGAAUCAACCAUUACAAAGGAGGGUACCUCAAGGGUCUUCUAACUACUGCAGAGAGUGCUUUCUUCCAAAGUGAUGUCAAUAUCAAAAUGCCAAUUCACUCCAGUGGACCUGAUUGGGUGACUGUGAUUCCCCUAGGAAUAAAAGAAGCAAGUGACACUGAACCCUCUCAAAGCAUGGAAAACUUUCCUUCUGGUUAUUAUUACAAAAACCAGUGGAGGCCUAGAAAGUUCAAGAUGCACCAGUUUAAUGAACCUGACAACAUUACAGAAUGCUUACAGGGAAAAAUGAUCUAUUUAUUUGGUGACUCUACCAUAAGACAGUGGUUUGACUAUCUGAUCACAUUUGUUCCAGAUUUGGUGGAGUUUAACCUUGGCAGUCCUAAAAAUGUGGGCCCCUACCUCGCAGUGGACUUGAAACACAACAUUUUGCUGCGGUACCGCUGUCAUGGACCUCCCAUCCGAUUCACUACUGUCUUAAGCAACGAGCUACACUAUGUGGCCAAUGAACUGAACAGGAUUGUGGGAGGGAGGAGCACCGUGGUGGCCAUAGCCAUAUGGUCUCACUUCAGCACCUUUCCCUUAGAAGUUUACAUCCGGCGGUUGAGGAACAUUCGUCGGGCAGUUAUCCGACUCCUAGACCGGAGCCCAAAGACUGUGGUAGUUAUCCGAACAGCCAAUGUCCAGGAACUGGGGCCUGAGGUUAGCCUUUUCAACAGUGACUGGUUCUCCUUUCAGCUUGACACCAUUCUAAGGAAGAUGUUCUCUGGUGUAGGCGUGUACUUAGUGGAUGCCUGGGAGAUGACACUCGCCCACUACCUGCCACACAAACUGCAUCCAGAUGUAGUAAUUGUCAAGAACCAGCUUGACAUGUUCUUGUCUUUUGUGUGUCCAGCAAAAACUUAGCUUUGCCCUUUGGGGAGUCUUUCUAGGGGGAUUGUUUGCAUUAAAUCGUGUGAAAAAUGUUUUGUACUUGUCUUCAUAUAGU